AUGAGUGGAUCAUUCAGUAUGAAAGGGGGCUGGCACCCCAAAGGAAAGGAUGGGAAAAGUAAAGAAAGUUGGAGGGGAGACUUCAAGGGUAUAAAUCAAGUGGCGGGAUGGAUGGGCAAGGGCAAGGACCCCAACUCCGAAGAAAACGAUCAUGUCUCGCGACCGUUAUCAACCUUAAAGGAUCCAUCAUCCUUUGGACCACCUCCGAAGCACAUCAACUACCAUGGUCCAGCAGCGCUGCCCAAUGAGAUAACACCCGACCGACGAGGCCUAGGAGCUCCUCUGUCGCAGGACCACAUCGAGCAGCAGCGGGCUCAGCAGCAAGCAGCAAUCCAAGCAGAAGAGGAGGCCGCCCAAAAGCCCAAACCUCCUCCAGUGCCGUACCGUGUUAAUACAACUGGACUGUCUACGAAUAACCUUCCUGCACCGCCGGUACGACGUCUCGACUCGCCGAGUUCAGAGUCUCCCUCGGGCGCAAAGCCCCCCACGAAGCCAAAGCCUCAACUCCCACCUCGACUUCCCCCUCGAACUGGCUCACCCGCACAAACUCCUUCGCCACCGCCAGCCUACUCGGCUGUGACACCUUCUCCCUCCCAAGGCUAUGUGAAUCAGGAAGCGGCCGCGCGUCUCACAAACGCCGGUGUUUCGGUCCCAGCACUUGGGAUUGGAGAGACGCCUCGCGCAUCUCAGCCCUCACCAAGUGGCGAUGAUGCAUCUAUAAAUGAACUACAAUCCCGCUUUUCUCAGGUGCGAACUAACACAGGAUCUCCUUCACCGGCGCCGGAACCGCCUACACGUGCCUCGCGCCCGACAAGAUCGGUGGAAGGUCUCGCUCCACUCCCCGGCUUCCGUGACCGACAUGCCGGCACGAUUGAUGCGGGGAAGAAGAAAUUCGGCGGGAUGGCAUCGCGGAUCAAUACAUUUGUGGAGGACCGAAAGUUCUCGGCCAAUGCCAACAAACGUAUGCCCCGACCGGGUGUUCUCAACUCCCCUGUGAAACCAGCGACGCCGGCGAGUCCCAGAUCUCCUGCUCCUGCACCUCGACCUACGACCACUCCUACUCCGGCUCCUGCCCCGGCUCCUGCCCCUGCCCCUGCCCCUUCCCCUGUAUCCCUAGAGGUCCAGGCGCGCAAAAAGCCUCCACCUCCGCCUCCUAAACGGGCAGAGAUGCGUGCACCACCAACGAACAACGACGCUGCGCCAGUGUCGUCGUCAGCCCCGGCGCCACCUCCUGUACCGCUAAGCACCAAGCCCCGCUGA